GUUGCGCUAUGUUAACACUCGACUGUAACUACGAGUAGAAAUCAACAAACUGUUUUCGGCCAGUGAAGUGAGCAUAGUGCUGGAAAAUGUCGUGUUUCAGUGGCAGCGUGUUGAUUCCCGAUUAAGUGAAGUGUAAUUUUUUUUCAUUAGUUCCGUGUAGUGAUGAUGUGACUUGAAAGUGAGAGACAAAGCGCCGCCAUGCUGCCUUCAAACGUUAUGUCCUUUAUGAAGAAGAUGGUGGCGACGGAGGAAUCAACGGUGCCUGGACAGAUCGAAACGCCUGGAACUUUCGGGAAACUCCGUCAAACACUAUCUUCUUCACUGCUUACGGCACAAGACAAAGUAACAAAGCUUGGGCCGCGGCAGGGCGUCACCGAGGUAGUGGUGGAGCCUGCGCCCGCGCCGCCGCCCGCGCAGCCACCUCCUGCUACCACACCCGCUAAGACUGAACGUGAGCCGGGCAAAGCACCAUCCCGCGCAGGGGCGUGUCGCGUAUGUCUAAAAGCAUUAAAGCCGGGAGAGGUGUUCCACAUAUGCAACGGGUGCCAGCACCGCGUGUGCGAAGACUGCUCAUCCUACUCCAAACCUGCAAGUGACGAAGAGAGUUCAUGGCGGUGCUCCGUGUGCCGUCGCAAAGCUGGCCCUCGGCUGCCGCCCGCCGCACAGGACAGCACAGAUUCUCUGCUAGACGUGCCUGUGCUCGAGGCCUUACAGCGCCGGCACUCAGAAGCGAGGCUAGGCAGUGGAAGCUCCACUACUGCCCUCGCCCCACCUCGCUCGCCAGAGUUACGCAGACAUUCCGACGUUUCACCUGCGUCACUGAAGGAGUUAGAGAAGUUAAAGGGCGGCGGUAGCGUGACGCCGAACCCGGAGUCGCGGCGGCCGAGCACCGUGACUCCCACGCGCCGCCGCUCCGUGCGCGCGCCCGCGCCGCGCCAGCGCUCCGUGGACGAGGACCAGCACCCGCCCGCGCACUCGCCGGCCCUUACUGCACCGCCACCCAUGUCUAGAAGAGCCUCUGCGGUCGACGUGGUAGCGGGCGGUGGGUCGAGACGGAGUUCUUACCGGGCAGACACCGAUUCAGUUGAAAUGGGCUCUGCGCCUCAAAUAAGCGGCCUAAGCGUUGAUGAAGACAGGCCUAUCAGACGAAGAGGCAGUCAACUACCUGAUAUUGCCGCGUUACAACAAAGAACUGGAGCUCUGAGUGCUAUGGCGGCGCUUGCAUCACGAGGCUCUGAAGCAUCGGAACCAUCGGCGGCGUCUAUUGCUGCUGCAGCCGCCGCCGCAGCCGCUGCAAGACAAAUGUCCGUUGACGCCGAAGCCAUCAAAAUAGUCAUACAUGAUGUUGACGAUCGCUCAACGCGACGUGUUACCUUGCGACGAGAUCCUAACGAUAAAGGCGCUAGGUCGCGAGGUUUCGGCAUGCGCAUUGUGGGGGGCAAGCCUGAUGCGAGCGGGCGUCGUGAAGCAGUUAUAGUAUGGACGGUGCCCGGCGGACCGGCGGACGUCGCAGGAUUACAACAGGGAGACAAGGUACUGGAAUGGGGUGGAGUCCCCCUGAUAGAGCGGAGUUUUGAAGAAGUAUGCGCUGUGCUAGAGCGGGGUGGCGACAUCGUAGAGUUGCUGGUGGAACCCGCGCCACAGAUCGACGAGCCGCCUGCGCCGCCCGCGCUCACUUCUCACCAUCACCACGGCCUAUACGAACCGGAUACGGACAAAUCGCCAUCAUCACCAACCCGAAGGAAAUUGCCGAAAACCCCGGAACAAGAUCGAGCCGAGCGUGCUCGCGAGCGUCCACCGGCGCGUGCGCAGUUACAAGUUUGGUUCGAGAGCGAAAUACGUAAACUGGUUGUCGUUCUCAUCGCGGCGGACGAUCUACCUCCUCGAGACCAUACGCUAGGAUACGGAGAUGAGCCUGAAGCAUUUGCAAGAAUUCGUCUUUUACCAUCACUUGAAACUUGCCCUCCCGUGGAAACAGACCCAGCAUCCGCAUCUUGCAGCCCUGUAUGGAAUGCCACGCUUGGAUUCGGAGGGCUCACCGCAGAUCUAUUGGCUGGCCGAGCACUCGAACUCACACUGUGGGACGCCUGCCCUGGCAUUGAUCCCGUACUCAUCGGGGAAUGUACCAUGGAAUUGGAAAAAGCAUUCGCGGAAGAACGAGCGGUGUGGUGGACAUUGGAGGAACGCGGCACCCGCUCUGCGAACGCGUCUCCUCGGGGCUCGUUAACUGGUGGUCGAGCUCUGAGGAGAGGAGAUUUUGCUUCAAACCGCUCCGUUUCAGAUGAUAUGGACUCAAUCGGCGAGUGUGCGUCACUUCUACAUCCAGACCACGCUUGGGUAGCGGGGUCUCGCCGUGGAUCCUCACAGUCCGAAACAUUGGAGGUGGAAGUGUAUCAGUUAGGAAAGGACUUCUCGCGGUCACUGCCAGGUUCAAGGCGCUCUUCAUUUCAGCAACAAGAGAAAGAUGGUGCCGUCGACCCCGCCGUGUGCUCGCGACGCGAGCGGCGCCGAUCGUCGUGCGUGCGGCGCGACCCGGACGAUAUUCUGCGCUCGUUACGCGCCGUCAAGGGCGAGCUCGGGCGCACGCUGUCGCUCUCUGGCUCUACCGCCAGGCGCACGGCGACGGGGCGCAAGGGCAGCAUGUGGGCGGCCGUGCCGGCGGCGGCCGCGUGCGACGCCGUGGCGGACGACGACGAUGUGCCGCUGGGCCCCGGCCAGCUGCCGCCGCGCAACGCGCACCUGCCGCCGCUGCACGCGGAGAUCAACAUCAGCAUCAUCAUGAUCAAGGGACAACUCGAACUCGAGGUAUCUCACGCGCGUCGGGUGUACGGCGUCAACGGCGAAGUGCCCGACUCUUACGUGAAGUGCUACCUCCGCGACGGUGACAAGUGGCUGCACAAGCGCAAGACCCGAGUGGUUCGCCGCACAACAGAGCCUCAUUUUAAACAAACACUUAAAUAUCAGGCAAGUGAGGCUCUGGGGCGUACCCUGGUGGUGAUGCUGUGGCAGCGUUGCGGAGGCUUCGAGCACAACCUCGCGCUGGGCGGCGUCGAGAUUUGCCUCGACAAGCUGACUCUGCCUCAGCGCACGUACGGCUGGUACCCGCUGUUCCCGGCCACGUCGCUCGCCGCCGACGAGUCGCCCGAUUGAUCCAGGGAGCCGUCGCCGGAGCGUCACGACUACUAGCGCCUCCACGACGGCUCUAAUGUCCCCUUCGAGAUCUCGAUCAUGUUACCGUUAAUCGCGCGUUCGGGCGUAUAACAUUCAGCAAAGGUUAUUCGCUACGAAGACGUACAAAAUCUAAGCACAUUUCUUUCGGACUUUACAUCUGUCAUCGAAUGAACGUGUAACGCGUUGUUAAGACCUUGUCCGGAAGGGGCGAAUUUGCCGUGAAUCGUUUCGCACGUAAGAUGCGUCCUAACACACAGCAUUUGGGGGCAUUCAUACGGACACUUGCUCUGAAGUUCGCGCGUUAACUGGACGCAACCAAGGAGUCUGUAGUAUCUCGAAUCGCGCUAGCGACCCGCGUUGUACGCGCGAGUCGAGAGUCCUGCGUCGUGCGUAUUUUGAAUUCGCACGAUGCUUGUGGACGCGAUGUAUUGGCGCCCAGUAGCUACCCCACCAACGCGCGUAUGAAUUCGUCCGAAAUGAUCCACGGUGAAUUCGUGGACUUGUUUCUGAACGUGGUCUAUGUUUGCAAUGUCAUAGCGAAUAAAUAUAGAUCCUAUAAUAUAAAGACCGCACGCGACGCGAUAAUGUCAUCGAGAUCUUAUGAUAUGCCUCCGUAUCGCCACCCAAAUUGCCGCCCUGUGCAUCUCAAGGUGACGAAAAUAAACUAUGAGUAAUUUUUUUAAACAUAAUGCAAGAAUGCAUUAUGUUUUAAGAAGGACCCGUUUUAUUCGCACAACCGAGGAGUAUUGUCUGAUAUAAUAUGAUCUAAAUAUCAUUAGGUGUAAAGUUGCAUGGCAGCAUUACUAAUACUGAAAUAUCAUGAUUAGGACUUAAAAUCAAUGUUUUAGCCGUAAAAAGGCCAGAGGGAUACCAUUCUAUCAUUCUCUCAAACAAAUCCUGGCCAUCUAAGACCAAUUUUUUGACAACUCGAUUCAUACUUUGUACAAUAUACUCAAAUGUAGGUAUUCGUCUAUCAUGUUGAAUAGCGAACAUAUAAUAGUUAUAUAGGUAUUAUAAAUGUAUCAGACACACUUUGUAUAAGUACAUUUAUCGGUUAAGGCAGAAUUUUAUUACUACAUUGUUUUAAACAAUAUUUACCUUCGUUCUAAACCCAAUACAUAUUUGCUAAAUCUAAUUAAAAUUGUGCCACCAAAAACCACCCAAUAUUAAAACACUCGAAAUAUAGCAAUUUUUAUGAAUGACCCGCCAAAUCAUUGUAAUCAGUCAAGAGACAUCGCCAGGAUUGCCAACCCGCUCGGCUUUUACAAAACAUCCAUCUUCUGGGGAAAUAUUAGCCAUCCCGCCUUGAGCCCUCGCGGGAUGCCUAUUAACCCAGAUUUAACAUAGUUGAAAAUCAUUAUUAAUUUAUUUAUUUCAAUCUUUCCAAACAUUUUUCCUUUUUGUACGUGAAAAUCGUACAGUGUUGUCGAUAUAGGUAAAUAUCUGGAUAUUGCCUGUCUUUAUCAGUUAUAUACUUGGCAACUCUAAACAUCCUCUAUAAUCCCGUCCGGUGGCACAAAAUAAAGCCAAUAGCAAUGUAAAGUAAGAGCCUGAUAGAUACCUACUUACCUACCGUAGAUCGUGAAAUAUAAGUAUGUACUUAAAUAAAACUGCCUUGGUACCUUUAUAUGCCGUGGUCACAUUAAGUUAUUAUAAUCACCUAAUUAAAACAAAUAAGUCUAGUAAAAGACACAGAACGUAGAUUUACAACUGCAAAGACGACGGAUAGUGAGCCAAAGCACCGCCAAUCACCUCACAGAAAUUCCAACUAGAACUCGUUUGAAACCCAUUCGAUUCGCGGGAAACCACAAACAAUGUUGACUUUAUUGAUCUCAUUCGUAAUGUGGAAGGAAUAUUCCGUAGAAAAAGCGGCUUAGCGUUCCGGUACGAUGCCGUGUAGAAACCGAUAAGUUAAGAUUACCGGUUUCAUAAAAGUGCCAUCCCUCUUCCAAGUUAACUCGCGUCCAUCUUAGACUGUACCACGUACAACCCACGUACCUUGUAAGAUCGCAGUCAUGGGCUAACCUGUAAUGGAAUAAAAUAAAAAUAAACAGACAAGACGAGUUCUACGUCUAAGUUUCUACGUGUUAUAGAACGGACUAUGUCGGAUGUCUCUCUGAGGGAAAAAACCGGCCAUGUGCGAGUCAGACUCGCGCACUGA